AUGUUCAUGAUAUCGAAAAGUUUAUUGGAUCUACCAGACGAGGUCAAAGCAACUGUCCUGUGGAAUCCAAAUAACGUCGGAUGGGAAAAGAACUCACAAAUUCGACUGUAUACCGGACGGCCUGAUAAUAUAGAAUCCUACCGGGUACAGUUCGGCGAGAAUAUGAAUGACCUCUGGGUCAAACACGACAACCUGCCUGGUUUCCGGACCGCCUGUCUCGAUUUCAUGAACCGCACACAACAAGUAUCGGAAUGUUUGAUGCGAUACUUUGCGCGCGGUCUGGGGUUCCCGGAGAGGUUCUUCAUCGAGUGUCAUGGCAUCGCACGACCGAACUCGCAAACCACUAUGCGUCUACUCCAUUACUUUUCGUUACCGGAAGUUCCUGAUGGGAAGAAGGAUGGCCAGGGUGGGCUGGAAAUCUGUCCCGGUCGCGAGGUGGUGACAGAGUUCGGUAUUGGGGAUGAAUGGACCAAAGUGGAGGCUAGGGCUGGCGAGAUCGUGUGCAAUAUUAGCGAUUUACUUACGUCCUGGUCGGAUGACCGGCUCAAGUCGAAAUUUCGUCGUGUCAAGGCUCCUUGUGAAUCUGGCGACUAUUUUGGCGACUGGUACAGCAUUGCUUACUUCAAUCAGCCUUGUAACGAUGCUUUGAUUCAGGGGCCGUCGAAGAAGUAUCCGAUGGUGACUGGGGCUCAGUUUACCGACACCUCUAUGAAAAGGAAUUUUGCUGCUUUGCAGGAGAAAUUGAAGACGGUCGCAGCGGCAUAA